UGUGUGUGUGUGUGUGUGUGUGUGUGUGUGUGUGUGUGUGUGUGUGUGUGUCCUAACAUUUCUCUCGGUGUGGGUUCCCAUGGGUGGGAGCACACCCACCUAAGGAGGUCCAAAAUCCAAGUGGGGCCCAAAAUGGUGGACCCCACUCCGAUUUCAAUUAAAAUGAGCUCAGCAGCCUCCCCUGAUGCUACCAUUGCUUUUUUUUUCAUGUCAAAAAAUUGUCCCCUAAGGUAGCAAAAAGUGGGCAAGUGUGUAAAGGUGUGUAUCCUGCAGCCGACCGUAACCGGAAGUCAGGAUAUACACUUCCCGCAAAAUCUUAUACACACCGCGGGAGUCUGAAACCUUUGGCCAAUGACAUUGCUGCACUGAGGAAAACUACCGGAAGUUCACAACAAGAAGAAAACAACACGGAUUGAAGACAAAAAGAAGACGGAGUGAUUGGAUUAUUUUGAAUAUUUUUACAUUUACCGACCUCUGCAUGCAGCAGAGCCAUUAUGUCCACAAGAAAGAGGAGGAAAAAGCCUAUAGAUGAUGCAAAGACACACAUCCUGUCCUGUACUGACAAGGUUGGGUUUAUGUCGAGAUACAUUGACGGUUACAAAGGAAGAGGAGUGUUUGCCACACCCCCCAAUGAACCAGGGGACUUCGUCUUGGAGUACAGGGGUAAACUCCUCACAAAGGAAGAAUGCGAGUCAAGACGAUACUCAGAGACUGAAAGCAAAUUUCUCUUUGGCUUUAAGUGGCAGAACCAUUGCUUAUGCCUGGAUGCAUCUGAAGAAGAUGGCUCUCUCGGAAGAUUGGUCAAUGACAACCACAAAAAUCCUAAUUGCGUUAUGAAAAAAAUCAUAGUUGACAACAAACCACAUUUGUGCCUUUUUUCUCUGAAGAAAAUAGAAAUAGGAGCUGAAAUUUAUUACAACUAUGGUGAUUCAAAAUGGCCUUGGCGCAGUAAGGUGGGAAAAAACAAGGCUCCUGCAGCAGCAAAAGAGAACCUAUUGGGUGGGGAAGGCCAGAUGAAAGGCCUUCAGACUCCUGCUGCAGCAGAAGAGAAUGAGGCCAGCCCUGUUCCUCAGAUGCUUAAUGAUGGACCAAUCCCAGAUGAGACCUACACACAGAUGAAAGGCCUUCAGACUCCUGCUGCAGCAGAAGAGAAUGAGGCCAGCCCUGUUCCUCAGAUGCUUAAUGAUGGACCAAUCCCAGAUGAGACCUACACACAGACCAUUCACAUGGAGGGACCUUUAGCAGAGGACAUUGAAGAUGUCUGUGUGCUAGGUGACAAGGGGUCAGACGAUGAGGUCAGCAUGUCAUCCAGGCAAGAAUGUACCUCCAUAUCAGAAAGUCAAAACCAAAGAGUGUCUGCAACAGAUGUCAGUAUGCCAGAAGAGGGGUCAGAACAUGAGGUCAGCAUGUCAUCCCUGCAAGAAUGUACCUCCACGCCACAAGUCCAAAACCAGACUGUCUCUGCAAAAAAGAGAGAAAAACAAACAGCUGUCAAGAGAAGCUGGACCCCAGAAGAGUGUGCUGCAGUGGACAAACAUUUGAGGAGAUUUAUCGUGAGGAGUCAAGUUCCUGGUAAAGAAGAGUGUCAGCGCUGUAUUACUGCUGCACCUGAAGCUCUCAGAAACAGAGACUGGAAAGCUGGUAAAUAUUAUGUUAAAAAUCGCAUUACAGCCCUGAGAAGAAAAGUAGUAUAAAAGCACCUAAUUGAACGGAGGUAAAAGCAAAACAUUGGAUGUCAAAAUGUUUUGUCCUUUGUUGUGUUUGUUGUUACUUUUUGUUGUUUUUGUAAGGGUUUGCUCAGGUUUUAUGGCUGUUCCGUUGUGUACAAAUAAAAACAUUUCACAGGUUUUUUUUGUAUAUUUUUUACACCUGUAAUAACAAGGCAUUUUGAAUGCAGUCCAAUGAAACGCAUAAUUUCAAUGCCAAUGUAACAAAAAAUGUUGGGUUUGCAUAGAACUUCAAACUGAUAUUGUUAAAACAUUCAGUGGAGAUUAGAUUAAUGAUUUAAUAAUUAAAAAAAUCACAAGCAUAUGGCAUAAAAUGUAAUUAAAUUGGUCAUUUCAAUUUUGUUAUUAAACUGUCUUUGAAGCUGAA